UCAGUGCAUUCGUCAGCUGUGGCUCAACACAACAAACGGACCUUCUCGGCUGGCUAAUUUUGUGUGAUUUUUCUGUUAUUUCUGUCUUUUUAUUUCCCAAUUUGAUAAAGUGAUAGCAUUAUCAUGUCACGAUUCAGUGGAGCACUUCAGCUUACGGAUUUGGAUGAUUUUAUUACCCCUUCGCAGGAAUGCAUCAAACCAGUGAAGAUUGAGGCCAACAAGUCCAAGACAGGUUCCAAGAUCACCAUCCAGGACGAUGGUUCGUACAUGCAGGCUACUUCGAGUGGCCUCCAAAAGCUGGAGAAGGUAGAAAUAACCCUGGCCGACUGUCUGGCCUGUUCCGGCUGUAUCACAUCGGCCGAGGGCGUCCUAAUCACCCAGCAAAGCCAGGAAGAGCUACUGAAGGUCAUGAACGAGAACAACCUGGCCAAGUUGAACAACCAGCUGGACGCGGUCCGGUUCAUCGUGUUCACCGUCGCCCAACAACCCAUCCUGUCGCUGGCCAAACGAUACAACCUUCCGGCGGAGGAAACGUUCGAACGGGUAGCAGGCUACUUUCGCAAACUCGGUGCCGAUUUGGUUGUGGACACGAAAAUAGCCGACGACCUGGCGCUGAUCGAAGGUCGCAACGAGUUUAUCGAGCGGUUUAACACCAACCGGCAGACGCUGCCGAUGCUGGCCUCGUCCUGUCCCGGGUUCGUGUGCUACGCGGAGAAGACGCACGGCAGCUUUAUCUUGCCGUACAUCGCGACGACGAGAUCCCCGCAACAGAUCAUGGGCGUGCUGGUCAAGAAGUACCUCGCCAAGCUGCUGGGCAUCGCCGCCGAUCGGAUCUACCACGUGACCGUGAUGCCGUGCUACGACAAAAAGCUGGAAGCCUCGCGGGAGGACUUUUUCUCGGACGUGGAAAACUGCCGCGACGUCGAUUGCGUCAUCACUUCAAUUGAGAUCGAGCAAAUGCUGGAUGGUUCCGGCGUGCAGGCACUGCAGAUUGUCGAGAAAGCACCGAUAGAUUGGCCGUGGCCAACGGGUCGACCGCCGGUGUUCGUUUGGGGCCACGAAUCGUCCGGUUCCGGCGGGUACAGCGAGUACCUGUUCAAGUACGCCGCCCGGAAGCUGUUCAACGUGGCCGUCGAUCACGUCGAGUUUAAGAACCUGAGGAACAGCGAUCUUCGCGAGGCGGUGCUGGAGCAGAAUGGCGAAGUGGUGCUGCGGUUUGCGAUUGCCAACGGGUUUAGGAAUAUUCAAAACAUGGUGCAGAAGUUGAAGCGCGGCAAGUGCAACUAUCACUACAUUGAAAUAAUGGCAUGUCCGUCGGGCUGCUUGAACGGAGGUGCACAGAUUCGGCCCACCGGGGGACAGAGCCAGCGUGAGCUGACCGCGGAACUGGAAGCGCUGUAUCGAAGCUUGCCGGCGUCAAAUCCGGAAAACGAAGCCGUUGAGAUGGUCUACACAACGUUUCUGGACAAUGCCGGAGACAACAAUAUGCGGAAAGAAUUUCUGCACACGAGUUAUCACCCCAUUGAGAAGAUGAACACCGCACUGAAUAUUAAAUGGUGAAAGCUUAGACUAAGUGCAAAAUUGCUAAUUGUAUAUAGAAAGACAAUACAUGUUAUUAAUCGUCAACA